UCAUCGAGAGCGCCAGGAGAGUGGUCGUUCUGCGUCCUCGUUAUGGUUAUUAGGCGUGAAAAUUGUGGCAUUCAUUUAAAGCCACAGGCAUGCAAUAAAACUGGCACAUGCGCAAUAAGUUACACCCGUCUGUCGGUGUAAACUCUAGUCUGGCACCCGUGAGUCAGUGAAACCUGAGUCUUCGCCAACCCGUGAGCCAGUCAUACUGCAGUCUUCGUCGAGCACCUGUGAGACAGUGCGGCAGGAUUGAGGAGGUGCCUCCCUCCGUCUGGUAUGUUGUCCAACAGGUUUGCUGUGACGCUUCUCCAGUAAAACAACACUUUGUGUGCCACCUUGUGUCUUGAGGUUUCAACCUAAAACGCUGUAAAACGUCAUGUAUUUCUAAAGAUUAAAGGAAUACUUCUUUCCGGGGACAGCUUUGGAAGAAACCCGCAGCCAGGUUCCAUGUCGUUUGUGCCCCAAUGGCUGCCUCAGUCAUUUGGAUUCCUGUGCUGAGCUUUCUGCAGAUCGUGCACUGUUCUGUUACCUUCAGACACACUUCAGGGGACCCACCGUUAUUGGAUGAGCAGUCAGCCAAUGCCUUCCUGUCCCGCUCACUGCUUUAUAACCGCUGGGACUUUGAACUGGUGGUGCCUGACAAUCUGGAAAGGGAGUGUAGAGAGGAGAUUUGCACUUACGAAGAAGCCAGGGAAGUUUUUGAGGAUAACGUUCAAACGGACCUAUUUUGGGACGCAUAUGUUGAAAGCCAGGGAUACGCACCCAGAGUGGACGUGUCGGGGCUGGUGGCGGGCAUCCUUGCCCUCCUAGUGUGUGCUGUCAUCGCCACAGUGCUGGGCAUCUAUUUCUACAAGGCCAAGAACAAGGGUGGAAGUAGACCAGUGCAAAUGCCACAAGAUGGACGUCCCGCCCCAGAGAUGGUGCCCCUGGCAACCCUUCCCACCCCAGCUUUGCCUAGUUACAACGAAGCUCUUAGCCGCAGCGGGAUGCACGAUGCCCCGCCGCCACCUUAUUCAGGGGGGGCGCCAUCAGAGCCCGCAGACCCAGCAGACAACGAGUGAGACGAUUCCAGCCAGCUCGAGCUGCUUCUAUGUGGUUGAUGCACGAUCACUUCUGGUCUGAGUGAAGUUGAAAUAUUACAUGUUGUGUAUUUAUGGGCGGAGUUAAGCGAUAAAUGGACACCGUAGACAGGAUGACGUACAUAUUCCAGAUGUACUUUGAAUUGGGUGCAGGUGAGGGUGUUUGAUUUUCACCAUGUACGAGUUAGGUUGCCAGGUACCACAGUCACAAUAAAUGUAUGAGGAUACUA